CUGUUCAGCUUUCUUGAAAUAAUACAUAUGUAAGGUUACUUACUUACGAGGAAUCAAUCAAGGGAAAUUAAACUCCUACUUUUGUUAUCAUUACAAAACAGAAAAUACUGAAAUUUCCAACAAAAAUUGAUUCACUUUAAUCGAGAAUGGUCAAACGUUUUCAUUACUUCAAACCUGAAAAUCCAAACUUACUUUCGGAACCUUACCCCGCAAACAUGACGCCUUUUCCGUCAUCAUCACCAGCAAAUGUGUACUUCCAAGAGAUCGACCUUUACGAAAUAUCGUACAAAACUGCCCCCGCCCAAGCCUCCAUCAGAUUUCAAGUUCCUGCAAAUUUCACCGUGUUCCAAGACCAUCAUCACAAACCUGAAUGCGAAUCGUCAUCAACGGGGGACAACAAAAUCCGCGUGUUUCUCCUCGGAAGUGAAUUUUGUCCAGAUUUGUCCCACCUGAGUCAGUCGUUCUUUGACAGGAUCGAGUUUCACGGCAGCAUCCGGUACGAAAAACCAGUGUUUGAAAUAAUCGGUCACCUCAAGGAGCUCAAAAAGGUCAAAUUCUUCCUCGGGAAGAGGCAAAGACUCGAAUUUUUCGAAUGGCUCGACUGGGACUGGACUCAUCAGUUAUGCAUCAAUCAGUCCGUGACAAGUUUGGCUAUUUUUGUAUCUAAAAAAUUCUGCUGGAAAUUGGACCAUGAAGGGAAAGCAGCCACUCCUAGUGACGAGGAGCAGAUGGACCAAGUGGUUUACGUGAUUGAGAGAAUUGUUCUCCGGAUUUUAGCCCAUGUUCCAAUUUGCUACCCAUCCCUGAGAAAGCUGACGAUGAAAGCUCCAAAUUCUAUGCGGAUUCAUGAAGCCGUGCUCGACAUGAGAAAUAAAUUGGAGCACUUAAAAAACAUCAGGAUUGGCUUUAGCGAAGAUGACAAUCAGAUUAUCGUGUCUAAAAGGCUCAAGGAUAUGAUAUCCACUCCUCAACAGCAGGUUUUGGAAAACUGCGAAUUGAUAACGUCUCCUGAAGUGGAAGAGGAUGAUUAUUAUUACGAAGAUCAUGCCGAAUCUGGGACACCUGAGCCUCUGCUGGAACAACUUGGACAAAUUGAUGAUGACGAUGUCCAUAUUAAUUGUUCAAUUGAUGAGGAAUUAUGUGACAAGACUGACAACGAGGACGAGACUAGUGUUACAGAUGAGGAUGAGGCAGAAUUAAUUGCAAUUGAUGACAAGAUUGUGGUUGACUUGGUACAAAAAUGUGUUGAAUCUUCGAUUAAUGAGGAGAUUGAAAAAUUAGAGGAAAAAUUUCUAACCGUGUUACCUGAACCGGCUCCUGCAAGUCUAGGAGAGGACAAAGAAGAAUCGUCGCCAAACGCUUUGACCGGUAUGGGACGAAUAUUGGAGUCCAUGUUGGGUAUUGGAAGUGGGAGUGAUGUCGAGAUUGGUGGUACUGGUGGUAGCAUCGAUCUAAAAAGAUCCAUUGUUAACAUCGAACAUCCCAAAAACGGAGAAAGUAAAAAUCCCAAUAAUCUGUUAUCAAAUAUCUUCAGUAAAUUUCAGUGAGAUUCCAUCUCAAACAAUUUAAUUAAUUAAACAUGAGUUUACAAUCCAAAUAAUAUAUAUUUUUUGAAUCUUUGUAAAAUUUUCUAAACGUUGUGUUAAUCAUGAACUACUAUUUAUCACCAUUUAUACAAAUUAAAUAUAAAGUAUGUUACGAAAUUCAUUAUAUUUUCAUUGAAGGGAAAGUUGGUUAUAUAUAAUUUGUAAUAUUUGUUUAUUACUUGUAUACUAUGAACGGGCUAAAAAUAAACCGUUAAAUUAUUAUGUACUAUAUA